UUCGACGUCACAAGCCAAACAUCCUCGCCACUAUAUUAGAAACAGCGCUCAGGUGGCCAAUCUACCGGAAUAUCAGCUCCAGUCUGCGUGUGAGCUCCGCCAGGCAACGAAUUCCCGCCUGCUGCAGUCUCCUACCAAUAUUUUGGACCGUCUCUCGCGUCAUUGCGUCCUCAACGUUUAGUCCGCGGUAGCCCAACAUGGCUCCAGCAUAUAGCCCGGCACUCAUACCUGUAUUAGAUUGGCCUUUCCUGUACUUAUCGUCGGUCCUUGGCGCAUCACCAGAUGAACUGAAGCUCACCUGCUCGUUUCUGCUGUCGUAUCCACUUACUGCCAUCUUGAAGCGGAUUCCAGAUAGACAUCCAUGGCAGAAAAAUAUUUUUAUUAUAUGUGUUUCGAUGUUCUAUCUCAUCGGUUUGUUCAGUUUAUGGAGCGGUCUCCGGACUCUUGCAAUCAGCUCAGUCAUGGCAUAUGCCAUAUCGUACUUCAUCCAAGGUCCGUUUAUGCCUUGGAUUGGCUUUGUGGCCUUGAUGGGACACAUGUCUGUGAACCACAUCUUCCGACAAAUGGUGAAUGAUCCCGGUCUUGUGGACGUAACAGGGGCACAGAUGGUCCUUGUUAUGAAACUAACAGCCUUUUGUUGGAACGUCCAUGACGGCCGUCUUCCCGAGGAGGAACUCUCACAAUUUCAGAAGGAGCGCCAAAUCAAACAAUUGCCGGACUUCCUCGAUUAUGCUGGCUACGUACUCUUCUUCCCUGGUCUUUUCGCCGGGCCAGCCUUCGACUAUGCCGACUACAAAAACUAUAUCACCACAUCGAUGUUCGAGCUCCCACCCGGAAUAGAUCCAUCCAAGGCUCCACCAACACGUAAGAAGCGCAAGAUUCCACGCUCAGGAACACCUGCUAUGUAUAAGAUGGUCUCCGGCCUCCUCUGGAUCCUGGCAUUCUUGCAAUUUUCAGGUUAUUUCUAUCAAAGCUUCUUCUUAAGUCCGGACUUCCUGAAAUAUGGCUUCUUGCGCCGAGUAUUUCAAGUCUACAUGCUUGGUCUUACCGCUCGAAUGAAAUACUACGGAGUUUGGUUUUUGACAGAGGGAGCUUGUAUCUUGUCUGGUAUUGGUUACAAUGGCGUUGAUCCCAAGACCGGUAAAGCAAAUUGGGACCGGCUGGUAAAUGUCAAGCCAAUGGAGAUUGAGUUCGCUCAAAAUGUUCGUGGAUAUCUCGCUGGUUGGAAUAUCAACACGAAUUCUUGGCUGAGAAAUUAUGUGUACCUUCGAGUCACACCAAAGGGCCAAAAGCCUGGCUUUGUUGCUACUCUCGCUACCUUUGUUACUAGUGCCUUUUGGCAUGGCUUUUAUCCUGGCUAUUACCUCGCAUUUAUUCUUGCCAGCCUUGAUCAAACAAUCGCGAAACAUGGUCGAAGACUUAUACGGCCAUUUUUCAUGUCGCCGGAUGGAAAAACCCCAGGACCAUACAAGCGCUACUACGACUUUGCAUGCUUGAUUUUGACACAGUUGACAAUCACUUUUGUGGUCAUCCCGUUCCAAUUCUUAACAUUGUCAGCCAGUAUCAAAGUUUGGGCUGGUGUCUACUUCUAUGGCCUUGUUGGAACUAUAGCAUGUUUUGUGCUUCUCAAUUCGCCUGUCAAGGGAAUGCUCCUAAAACAGCUCAAGGCUCGCAGCAGCAAGCCAGGCUUGGAAAGAACUGUUAGUUCGACAUCGGUCGCGGAUGAUGACAUGAACAGCACGCUCGGUCUACCUCAUGAUCCGGAAUUCGAAAUGCAGCAGAUCAUGAAGGGUGUCAGGGAAGAAAUCGAGGCGAGAAAGCGGAGAGGGAGUACCGUACCAGAUAUACGCGAUCUGCUGCAGCAGAAACUUGAUGAGUUUAGACGCGAUCAGCAGCAAGGGAAGCAGAAAACUGCCGCAGCAGAGAGGCUGGAAUCGAAAUUGUCUGGAAAAUCAGACUAAAGAGAGUUGCGUGUAACUUAUCAUAGCGCGGUGUUGGAAUCUCGGCUAUGCUCUCUACAAAGGCCUAGAUACCUUGGAAAUACCUGUGAAGUGCAAUGCAACUUGUAUUGAAUGAACAGGCACCAUUAAGUAGAUAGUACUUAGAUCAAUCAUGAGUUACCCAUCUGCGGCAACAUUCCGCGGUUUCAG